CUCCAAGUCAAAAAGGCCCAACCAAUUAAAGCCUGGACUAAGGUAGUAGUCCAUGGAGUGCCAACAACGUUCGAAGGAGCCGAAUCGCUCCAGGUCCUCCACAACGAGAUCCCAACCUACAACAAAGGACAAACUAUUGUUGGCAACCCCUACUGGUUAACAAAGAACUAG